UAAAACCGCGUCUUGAUUUUCUUUGACAACUCAGUGGACAAUGCCGACACUGAAAGAUUUCGUGAGUCUUACAGUUCUGCAAUUGUUCUGGUACCUGUUUAUCGUAGUUUCAGCAGGACGACGGUCGUGUGAGGGAGGGCAAUCCUCUGCAGAUGGACAAGAGCCUUGCGCAGAUGACAGCGUCCCCUUCCUUCCCGGUCCCCCGACCCUGGAAGCUGUGGCCAGAUGGGGCCAGGUUUACCUACGAUGUCAUUACCCCGCAGCUAGGGCUGGUGAUAGCAGCAACACAGCGCUGGUCAGAUACGAGGUUGUGGUGACAGCGCUUAGGGGCUCCACCCGAGCAGAUUUGGCCAGGAAAAUAACCCACGGAACUGAAGUGUUUUUGGAUGAUGUUCGGUUAGGUGACGAGGCUACGUGUGAAGUGAGAACGUUCUAUUCAUCAGAUCCAAACACCAAGAGCCCUCCAGUGAGGAGCUUACCCCUUCAUCUUGGAGUAACGACUAACACCCAAACUUUACAACUGAGAGAAGACGGACAAUAUCACAACGUAACAUACGAAUUGACGUUGCCAUUGGUUUGCGGUCAAAGUAAAGACGUCUGCAGUCUGAAGUUCGGGCUGAGAACUUUAGAAUCUUUCCACAAACAUGUUGACAAUGUUGGGUCAGAUAUAUUCCUUUCAUCGUGUGUAAUCGAAUUUUCUGCGGAGCUCUGUCGUUCGGAGUCUUGCAAGCAGACGAUCCAAGUGACGGCGGGAAAUGAUGGAUUUGAUGACGACGGGAGAGAAACGGAAAUACACCUUGACUUACUGGAAGCCAAAAAUCUCGAAUGGAAAGGAUAUGAGACGCCAAGAGUGAAGGUGACAGUAAAAGAUGUUCCUACAGCCAGGUGCUAUGUCUUCGGAGAUCCCCACGUGAUUACAUUCGACGGGAGGCAGUUUGACCUGUAUAAGACUGGAACUUUCGUCCUGUAUCAGAGCAAGAGACGGCAGUUUCAGGUAGAUGUGCGAGCCUGGGCGUGUAGUGAGACACCCAACAGGGCAGCGUGCGCGUGCGGCGUAGUGGCUCGUGAGGGACAGGACACUGUCGCAGUGGACAUGUGUAACACCGUACCUGGGAGCUCUGGCCAACCUGACAUUGACGUCAAAAGCGGAACGCUCAGCAGGAACGCUAAAAUAUUCAAAGCCAGAGAUGGAAAGAUUGUUACGGUUGCUUUUGGGUCUGGUUCUUUCGUCCGCAUAUUCAUAGAGAAGUGGGGCCUGUCCCUCGUGGUGCAAGCUCCCAGUGAAGACUGGAACUUCACCAUGGGGUUAUGCGGAACAUUUGACGGCGAUACCAGGAACGAUUUUCACGACAGAACUGAGCAGGUUUUGGUGACCGGAAGUGAGCAAGAGAAGGCGUAUGAGUUUUUGGAACGAUGGAGAUUACUGCCAGGAGAGAGCUUAUUUGAUUAUCAGGAAUACAAACAACAGACAGUGUCUACCAAAUCUGAGCGUACGUUCUGUGAUUGCUCCAAUUCACGUAAGCAAUCUAAUUUAAAUGUAAAAGAAAACAUAUUAAUUUCAAAGACAAAUUGCAAGAGUAAAGAGUGGGCUCAGUUACCAUUCAUCAUGUACCAGAAAGAUGUGACGGCAGAGUACAACAACAGCAAUGCGUAUGUCUCCGCCAGGAGAACGCGUUCGGCAGAGCUGGAUGCUUAUGAAAGGUUCCGUGCAUAUGUAGCGGCAAGAAGGGCAGCACAAUUAAGUAAGAAGGAUGAUAGUGAAUUCAAAAGUGUUCCCACGUUGAGUACUACCAAAAUUCCUCAGGUACAAAGUGUGCAGGAAGCAACAACAUCCUCAACUGACCUAUAUAAACAGGCUCCGUCAUCAGGAGCGAGACUGACAGGAACAACAACUUCCACAAAAAUAUUAACAACGUCAUCUAAACCAUCUCUAGUAACAUCAACCCCAUUGCCAUUGCUUCAAUCAACAACAGUCCAGAUGGAACUGACUACAAGUCGCCGUGUUCCAAGUAGAAUUGUUGGCUUCACUUCACCCUCAGCACGUUCCAGACAUGGCUAUUUAAGAAAUAAAUGGGUAAAUCGGGCACGAGUCUACAAUAUACGAUAUCCGGUUGAACGCACCACUAUUUUGCCGACAACCAGGGAACAAAACGUGAAAUCACGUACCAAAGAAAAUAAGCACCCAAAUAUAAAGAGUUUAUCCACCGAUACGAACUCCGAGUAUCAAAAAAUUCGAAAUCGCUGGCGACACUUACACGAACCCGUCUUCAAAAGACUUCGCCCUGAGACAAUAGAACGACUAGAAAGCAGGUUAAGUGAGUUUAGCGAUAAGUCGUCUUAUUUCUUCGCGGGAGAUUUCUUGGAUUUGGACACCCCACCAUUAGAUUUGAAAUGGCCAACUGCGAGCGGUAUCACCCACAAUAGGGCUAUAUUUAAAUGUUCUCAGGUCAUUCUAAACACCUCAAUUGCCAAAUUUUGCGGAGAAUAUCUCCAAGAGAAAAUCCGUGAUACAAUUGACAACUGCGUGAAAGAUAUUCAAGUGAAGGAAGACUACAAAUGGACUGUAUAUUCCAUACCUUUGGUGGAGGCGCUGUGUGAAGAGGCAGUAUGGAAGAGACGCCUCCAACUUUCUAAAAGUAUUGGUUUUCCACCACCAAAAGUUCUUAGCGCUCUAAACUGCCCCCGUGGUUGCAGUGGUCGUGGGACUUGCGGAGACACGGGAUGCCAGUGCGUGAAGGGGUUCCAGGGUGCUGACUGCACAGCUGUGGCAGACCGAAUGCACAUGACCUUACGGACGUUUAAUGGCGGACUCUGUGAUACACGCGCGUCCAGUUGUUCGACGAUCCAGCUUAUGUCGGAUGAACCCAUUUCAGAAGAAGGUGUUAAAUGCUCUAUGGACUCAGUAAUGUUGGUGUCCCAUGAAGGUGUAGAACUAAGUACACCAAGUGAAACCAUUGUGUUCGAUUCUGUGUGCUGGGACUGCAGUGGUUUCUCCAAGACGUGCGUCAAAAAGGUUCUAAAUGAGCCACCAUUCUCCACUAGACCACGAAAAAAGUUUUCGGCGAUUGCUGGCGAGCAAUUCAACUACCAAAUCGUUGCCGCGGACCCCGAGGGCUCCCAGCUGACAUUCUUCAGCCCAUAUCGGGACUUGGUUGUGACGUCAGAGGGCAAGCAUUGCCAGACACGACUAAACGCGUGCAGCUCAUCCCCAUGCGUUCGGGGCAGAUGUAUAGCUACUGCAGACGGGUAUGGAUGUAUUUGUAGGAAUGGAUUUACAGGUCGGCUUUGCGACAAGGAGAUAGAUAUUUGCCAUCCCAACCCUUGUUACCCUGGGGUGAAGUGCACCGCAGCCAGGGGGUGGUAUGUGUGUGGGCCCUGUCCUGAAGGGACUGUCGGGAACGGGCGUCAUUGCACAGUUGCACCUGGGUGUGCAGCCAGGCCGUGUUUUCCUGGUGUCACGUGUCGUGACGUGAACACAACACGUGGACAAUUUGAAUGUGGACCGUGUCCCUAUGGUUACCGCGGCAAUGGAAUCACGUGUGUCCCACCUCCUCGUGACAGCACACAGCCAGCUGCAGAGAAGCCUGUCUGUCGAUCCUGCCCCGGUAACAGACAGUGCAAUGAAGACGGCAGCUGCCAGUGCACGCCGGGAUACACGGGAUCAAGAUGCCAUAUUGCCCGCUGCAAUCCCAGUUGCCUUAACCGUGGUUUCUGCGUUCGUCCCAAUGUUUGCCAAUGUAAGCCCGGGUACAGAGGAGAACGCUGUGAGGAAGCCAUAUGUGAAAGACCAUGUGGACAUAAUGGCCGCUGCAUUGCACCCAAUUUGUGCUCAUGUCCUUAUGGAUAUGUGGGACCACAGUGUGAAAAAAUGAUUUGCAAGAUUCCGUGUCACAACGGCGCCUUGUGUAUCCACCCAAAUAGAUGUCUCUGUCGUAGCGGAUACACAGGACGCUCCUGCCUGACACCAGUCUGUGACCCCGGAUGUCAGAACGGAGGCGUAUGUGUCCGACCAAACGUCUGCUCCUGUCCCCAUAUGUAUUUUGGGGAACGUUGCGAAAGGGCGCAUUGCGCCCCGUCUUGUCUCAAUGGUGGACGCUGUCUAAGACGUAACCAAUGCGCAUGCACCCCAGGAUGGGCGGGGUCACGGUGCCAAAUUCCACUAUGUGAGCCGCGCUGCCUGCAUGGGGGACGCUGUGUUUAUGCUAACAUGUGUUCGUGUCCAACCGGAUGGGAGGGACCCGGUUGUAAACAAG